AUGGACUCCUCCGCCACUUCCGAGGUCGAGUCCGUCCUGUCCACCAACAGAAGACGCCUAGACACCAGCGCCCCUUCUUCGCCUCCCAGGGACGACAGUGUUGAGCCCAUUGAUGCCGCUUUUAAGAGCAUCGUCGAAGAGGAGGCCAAGGCUCGCGCCGCCAAUGAGAGAAAGACGAAGGCGGCUAAGAAGGCACAGAACGCCAAGAACCGCCGCAAGAAGAAGAAUGAGCUGAGCAAGGAAGAGAGGCAGAGACGGGCUAAGGAGCUGGAGGGUCUGCUCGCCAGGUCUGCCGCUUUCAGUGACAUGCUUCGCACCAAGACGCAGGCCUUGGGCCGCGUCGGCACCAGUCUGGAUGGCGAAACACUCGGAGAUCACAAGUUGGACAUGGCCACUCAGCCCAAGCUCCUGACUGGCGGCGAAAUGCGUGACUAUCAACUCGAGGGUCUCACCUGGAUGGCUGAGAUCUGCCUGCAGGGCCUGUCUGGAAUCCUUGCCGAUGAGAUGGGUCUUGGCAAGACGGUUCAGACCAUUUCCCUCAUCGCCCAUACCAGAGAACAGAACUACUUGGGCCCUCACUUGAUCGUCGCGCCCCUCAGCACCCUGUCCAACUGGAUGGACGAGUUUGAGAAGUGGUGCCCCGAUAUCCCCGUCGUGCUGUUCCAUGGAGACGCCAAGCAGCGGGCCAAGAUUAGAAAAGAGCAGCUGGACCCGAACAUCAAGAAUGGAGUGCCCACGAAAAAGUUUCCCGUAGUCUGCACCUCGUACGAGAUGGUUCUUAGAGAACGAGCUACUCUGGCAAAGUUCAAGUGGGCUUUCAUCAUCAUUGACGAGGGCCACCGCAUGAAGAACUUUGAGUCCAAGCUAUUCCAGGAGCUUGAGAACUUUACUUCGGCAACCCGAAUGCUCAUCACGGGCACGCCUCUUCAGAACAACCUCCGGGAGCUCUGGGCUCUCCUCCACUUCCUCUUACCUGGCAUUUUCAAAGACUGGGAGGCCUUCGAAGAGUGGUUCAAUUUUGACGAUUUGCAGGACGAGGAAGGCACCGAGGGUUUCAUCGCCGACCGCGAGAACCAAGAGUUGAUCAAGAAGAUUCACGUCAUUCUUCAACCUCUUCUUCUGCGUCGAGUCAAGGCCGAUGUCGCCGCUCACCUCCCCAAGAAGCGCGAGUACAUCCUCUUCGCCCCGAUGACCAAGGAGCAGACAGACAUCUACAACGCCAUUAACGACAAGAAGAUUGACACCCGUGCGUACUUGGAAAACAAGGUAGUCGAACGAUUGACUGCUGCCCUCGGCGUGCCUGUCAAGUCAGAGGCUGCCCCUGCGAAACAGGCAGACAUUCCCAUCCGAAGCAGCCCUAGAAAGGCAGAAUCGAAGGUGGCGCCUGAGCCCAAGAAGACCAACGCAUUCUCGGCUAUGAUGAACCGAGCUAGAAGCUCAUCCAGCAAGGUCCAAGAUGUUGCAACGGCGGUGUCGUCCAAGACUCCGUCCAAGACUCCGUCCAAGGCAUCUUCUCGCGCCAGUUCCAAGCGCAAAGAGGCGCCUACCUCUGAGACUCCGCAGCCGAAGAGCGCCAAGUCGUCUCGACAGUCGACCCCUUCAACCACCACCCGAGGUCGAGUCACUCGUGGCAGACGCCGCUACGUUGACUCCGAUCCCGACGACGACGACAAGCUCUCCGACGACGAGUUUGAAGCAAAACUGGCGAAUGAGGCUGAGCAGGGCAGCAAGGACGACAAUGCCAUCGUCUUAUCUGACGAAGAGCAGCAACGAGUCAAGCUUCUCGAGCAUGCCAAGAAGGAGAUGAGUUCAAAGAAGCUCGGCAACCCCGACAUGCAACUUCGCCUCGUGUGCAACAGCCCCCACAACUUCUUCGAUCCUUGGAGCUACGAGGGCAGCCCUCCGGUUGACGAGAGCAUCGUUACCUCGUCCGGCAAGAUGCUCAUGCUCGAUCGGCUCCUCCCCACCUUGUUCGCCAGGGGUCACAAGGUGCUCAUCUUCAGUCAGUUCAAGACCCAGCUCGACAUUCUCCAGGACUACUGUGAGCUUCGCAAGUGGAACGCCUGCCGCCUAGAUGGUUCCGUUUCCCAGGAGAGCCGGCGUGACCAGAUUAAAGAGUUCAAUCAGAACCCCGACUUCAAGAUCUUCUUGCUCUCGACGCGCGCCGGUGGCCAGGGCAUCAACCUCGCAAGUGCCGACACCGUCAUCCUCUUCGACAGUGACUGGAAUCCCCAGCAGGAUCUCCAGGCUCAGGAUCGCUGCCAUCGCAUCGGCCAGACCCGUCCCGUCAUUGUCUAUCGACUAGCCACAAAGGGCACUGUCGAGGAGGAGCUUCUCCUGAGCGCCGAUGCCAAACGCCGCCUGGAGAAGCUGGUCAUCAAGAAGGGCUCAUUCAAGACCAUGGGUCAGAAGGUGGAUCUUCAAGAGGACCUGGACAAGGAGACGCUGAAGUCUCUGCUGUUGAAGGAUGGCCAGAUCUUUAAGCGCUCGGGAGAGCACGAGAUUCUCAGCGACAAGGAUCUCGACGUGCUUUGCGACAGGAGCGACGAGGCCUACUCUCAAGCUGCCCGGGGCACUGCCAACGCCGAUGGAUACAAGGUUAUCGAGACGACUUCCGGUGGCAUCGCCAUUGCCGGCGAGGAUACUGCUUAA